AUGUUGGAGCGGUCAACCUGUACGGAUGGACGACGAGAGGCUACCCAAACGACUCUUCUAUGGAGAUGUCGCGACGGGCUCACGCCGACAUGGAGGUCAAGUCCGGCGCUACAAGAGUACUCUGAAAACCUCUCUGAAGUGCCUGCAGAUCAACCCGGCAAACUGGAAAGACCUCGCCUGAAACCGACCUACGUGGAGGAGAACAGGGAAGACAGGCGCAGCAAUCUUCGAAGCCAACCGCAUCACCACCGCCAAAGCCAAACGCUAGACACGCAAAUCUCCACUGCCACCGCCGCCACCGCCUCACAACACCAACGCCCAACCGCCUCCAACGUGCCCACGAUGUCAACGGACAUUCCGGGCGUCAGUUGGACUUGUUGGACACAUCCAGAUCAAAUGCAGCACUCGGACUUCACCAACCAUCGUCUCCCCGCCCACCUCUACCUCGCCUCCCACGUCGUCAACUAA